AUGUUGGACACUGCAUUUGCUGUCUUUGCACGAGAGCCACAGGCUCUGGCAGUUGCAGACAGCCGUGGCCAGGAGCCUCUUCAUGUUGCUGCAAGGCGAAAGUGUCCUGCGCUGGUGCAGUUGUUGCUGGAUCUCAGAGCGUGCCCGCAUGCGGCCGGGUCCCGAGAUGGACGUUCUGCCCUGCAUUUGGCUGCAGCGAGCAGUGACGUGGAGUCUGUCCGGCGACUCCUGGCGGCCCGAGCCAACCCAGAUUGCCGAGAUCAGCUGAGGAUGCUACCCUUGGACAUCGCAGCUCGUCUGCGGGCACAGGAUGUCCAAGAGGUCCAUGCUGCAUGGAUCGAAUUGAUCGAACCUGAUGGUCUUUCUUAUUGUCCUUCUGGCCACCAUGGCCGGAUCGCCAACCGGGACAUGCUCGUCCGGCAGGAGCUGUGCCAUGUCCUGACUGGCAUCAUGGGCCGGCAGCUCGCGCGUGCCACAUCCCAGCCCGUCGGACCGGCGCAUGACACCUUGGAACAGGUGAUCGCGGGCGUUUAUGAGUUCCAAAAGGCUGAACUACCAGGGUCAGGCAUUUUCGGAUGCGGAUUUGCAGGACUUGCCCCUGAAGGAAGUGGUGUACCCUUAUGA